UGGACAGCCUCGCUUUCGUUUGUUUAUUACUAGAGCUCUCCACGGCGUGGUUACCAGACAGAGCUAGGUCCUGUCAAUGAAAAUUGUAUAGUUUCAGUUUUAGGUGGGUUUCUCCUUGUAGGGACUUGUGUAUUUUUUGUUUACAUUUAGUGUUCGCUAGAAGGAUUAUACAAGUCGAAGACACUACUGACAUGAAAAAAAGCAGAAUGCCAAGGACUGAGGUAAUUAUGUAUAAAGAUAAAAUGGAUACCCUAUCCUCUUUGCUGGAGGACGUAGUCAACCCAAAUGAAUUCUUGGCUCAGUCUCUACGUCUGAAUGAGACAUCAUUAGAGGCUGUUGUCAAGUUCUUAUCAGAAAUGCUCAGCAAUGCAGAUCUUUCAAUAUGGCCUAACAAAAUAGAUAUAGAUGCUACUAUCACAGACAACUGUUUAGACAGGCAUUCUUGUGAGUCAGACUACAUGACAAUGACAGCUCUUCAACUAUCAUCAGUACCUAAACAUCCUUAUGAUAAUUUUUUACCAAAGCCAGCUACAUCCCCCACCAUUGUCGGGUCAGUUAAACAUGGCAGAUAUCACAAUUUAGACUGUGAUAAGCAGAGUGAAGAAGUAGAUCAACAAAUACAACCUGGCACAUAUAAGAAUGGGAAAUCAGUUCAGAAAGGAAACAAACCGAUGCCCAGCAGAUGUCGCAGGUCAAGUGAAUCCACGGCUCAGUUUUACUCCCCAAGAUCCAUCCCUCUCAAAGCAAGCCAGUCUUUGCAAGCUCUAAAUGAAAUAUCAUUGACAGAAGAAGUUGUUCCUCCUCUACCAAGAAGAUCUAAAAAUGUUUCAUUGUCUAGCAAAAGUCCUAGUCAUGUAGCUCCUCCAAAACCUGUGUCUCCUGUUCAACCACCACCACUACCCCUCACAUUACCCCCACCUUUGCCCUCCACACUGCCCCCACCUUGCCCAUCUAUAACUCCACCACAAGCCAGAUUCCCCAUAACUUGUCAUUCCCCACCACCACCCUUGCCAGCUAAAUUUCUACUUCCACCAACACAGUCUCAGCCAAUGAAUUUGUUCUUUGAUGCAAAUAAAGACAAUGGAGACAAUAUUUAUGAAAGUGUUGAAUUAGAGCCUGUAAAGAAAGGAACCGAGGAAGAUCAAGGAUGUGCACAAGGUUCUACAGAGUCAGACUAUACGACAAUGACAGCUCUUCAACUAUCAUCAGUACCUAAACAUCCUUAUGAUAAUUUUUUACCAAAGCCAGCUACAUCCCCCACCAUUGUCGGGUCCGUUAAACAUGGCAGAUAUCACAGUUUAGACUGUGAUCAGCAGAGUGAAGAUGUAGAUCAACAAAUACAACCUGGCACACAUAUGAAUGGGAAAUCAGUUCAGAAAGGAAACAAACCGAUACCCAGCAGAUGUCGCAGGUCAAGUGAAUCCACGGCUCAGUUUUACUCCCCAAGAUCCAUCCCUCUCAAAGCAAGCCAGUCUUUGCAAGCUCUAAAUGAAAUAUCAUUGACAGAAGAAGUUGUUCCUCCUCUACCAAGAAGAUCUAAAAAUGUUUCAUUGUCUAGCAAAAGUCCUGUAGCUCCUCCAAAACCUGAGUCUCCUGUUCAACCACCACCACUACCCCUCACAUUACCUCCACCUUUGCCCUCCACACUGCCCCCACCUUUGCCAUCUAUAACUCCACCACAAGCCAGAUUCCCCAUAACUUGUCAUUCCCCAGCACCACCCUUGCCAGCUAAAUUUCUACUUCCACCAACACAGUCUCAGCCAAUUAAUUUGUUCUUUGAUGCAAAUAAAGACAAUGGAGACCAUAUUUAUGAAAGUGUUGAAUUGGAGCCUGUAAAGAAAGGAACCGAGGAAGAUCAAGGAUGUGCACAAGGUUCUACAGAGUCAGACUACAUGACAAUGACAGCUCUUCAACUAUCAUCAGUACCUAAACAUUCUUAUGAUAAAUUUUUGUCAAAGCCAUCUAAAUCCCUCAACAUUGUCGGGUCCGUUAAACAUGGCAGAUAUCACAGUUUAGACUGUGAUCAGCAGAGGGAAGAAGUAGAUCAACACAUACAACCUGGCACACAUAUGAAUGGGAAAUCAGUUCAGAAAGGAAACAAACCGAUGCCCAGCAGAUGUCGCAGGUCAAGUGAAUCCACGGCUCAGUUUUACUCCCCAAGAUCCAUCCCUCUCAAAGCAAGCCAGUCUUUGCAAGCUCUAAAUGAAAUAUCAUUGACAGAAGUUGUUCCUCCUCUACCAAGAAGAUCUAAAAAUGUUUCAUUGUCUAGCAAAAGUCCUGUAGCUCCUCCAAAACCCGUGUCUCCUGUUCAACCACCACCACUACCCCUCACAUUACCCCCACCUUUGCCCUCCACACUGCCCCCACCUUUCCCAUCUAUAACUCCACCACAAGCCAGAUUCCCCAUAACUUGUCAUUCCCCAGCACCACCCUUGCCAGCUAAAUUUUUGCCACCAACACAGUCUCAGCCAAUUAAUUUGUUCUUUGAUGCAAAUAAAGACAAUGGAGACCAUAUUUAUGAAAGUGUUGAAUUGGAGCCUGUAAAGAAAGGAACUGAGGAAGAUCAAGGAUGUGCACAAGGUUCUACAGAGUCAGACUACAUGACAAUGACAGCUCUUCAACUAUCAUCAGUACCUAAACAUUCUUAUGAUAAAUUUUUGUCAAAGCCAGCCAAAUCCCUCACCAUUGUCGGGUCCAUUAGACAUGGCAGAUAUCACAGUUUAGACUGUGAUCAGCAUAGGGAAGAAGUAGAUCAACAAAUACAACCUGGCACACAUAUGAAUGGGAAAUCAGUUCAGAAAGGAAACAAGCCGAUGCCCAGCAGAUGUCGCAGGUCAAGUGAAUCCACGGCUCAGUUUUACUCCCCAAGAUCCAUCCCUCUCAAAGCAAGCCAGUCUUUGCAAGCUCUAAAUGAAAUAUCAUUGACAGAAGUUGUUCCUCCUCUACCAAGAAGAUCUAAAAAUGUUUCAUUGUCUAGCAAAAGUCCUGGUCCUGUAGCUCCUCCAAAACCUGUGUCUCCUGUUCAACCACCACCACUUCCCCUUACAUUACCUCCACCUUUGCCCUCCACACUGCCCCCACCUUGCCCAUCUAUAACUCCACCACAAGCCAGAUUCCCCAUAACUUGUUGUUCCCAAUCACCACCCUUGCCACCAACACAGUCUCAGCCAUACUUUGAUGCAAAUAAAGUAAAUUUUCACAGAACAUUUUCAAAAAUUGUUAACUUAGUUUCUAGCUUGCUAAAGAAACAUGAUUGAUCAGAAAACACCAUACAACACAGCCAUAUUGAUAAGAAAAUCUUUGUGAAGAAUUUUUAUCUAUUUUUUGUUCAAAAAUACUUGACUGCUAUGAACAAAUGUAAUUUAAAAUUUAUUUCUUCCAUUCUUUGUUUAUGUGAACCUAUUUAUACAUUUUCUAAAUUAGUUGUGGGAACCAUCAAAUAUAAAGAUAUUUAUAAAGAUAACUUAAUGACAGUGAUAUGACAAUACAGUCAUUGUAAUCUUUAAUAAAGAAUAGUUUAUUAACUUACCUAUAUAUAAAUAAAAGUUUGAAAAAAACAUAAACAGUUAUUGAUAAAUGCUAAUAAGGAAUGUACACCGUCUAUUACAUAAAUACAAAAACAACAUCUGAAGGAAAACUUUUGGCAAUGCUUAUGUAAAGUGUAAAAACCAACAUUUAAUGCUACAUUCUAUUUUUAUCUUGGCAACUUAUUUUAUAAUUUUUAGUACGCUGUAAAUGUACAAUUAUAUAUUUUGUUUUGACAAUGUGAAACUGUCAUUAAUAUUUUUGGUUUUGGGUUCUGUAAAUAUGUAUGUAUGUAAAUUUAAUGCAUUUUUUUAAUGGACCAUUUUGAUAAUGUAUUUUAACCAUUACUUUUUUUUAAGUGUGCAAAAUAAAAAAGAUUGCAGAUAUGAAAAUGCCUGCCUUGUGUGAGAACCUCAAGAGGAUUUCCCUAAUCCUACUUUUAUUCAUAUUUUGUAUGUAACAAAUGGAGUGAGUAACUAUGAGCAACUUAUCCAGUAUUAUUUCAUUUGACAUGUACAGUCAAAAACAUUGAUGAUGAGAUUGUUCAUUCUGUAAUUUAUUAUUUAUUACUCAGUUCAACCACCAGAUACUUUCAUGUGGCAAUUCGCAGUCGAAA